UCGCUGGUUUGGUUGACAAUCGCGAUGUGAUGUAUCCUACAUCAUCGCAUGCUGAGUUAUAUUUUCAUCAAAUCCUUUUAGUUUUUAUAUUAGUUAACACAUUUUUUUCUAAAUGUUCUCUUUCGUUGUGGCUACGUUUCUCUGUUUUGAUUUCUAAAUAUGUGUAAUUUGCCGCCGAAGUUCCAUUCAGUGUGUCGCCUUUGUUUAUCAUUCUGUGGCGAUAAUUGCAGUGAUGUUAAACUUCCAAUAUUCGACCGUGAUAAGGAUAAAUCACGACUUUCUGAGAUGAUAAUCACAUAUCUGUCAUUAAUGGUGUCACCCGAAGACAUGCUACCACAAGUGGUCUGUGGAAGUUGUGCAAGCAAGCUCGAUGAGUUCCAUACAUUUAGAGAGUUGUCACACAAAUCAGAGCGACUUCUAGUACAAUUUGUACAGUAUGCCAACUCACUGACGGGUCCAAAAGAGGAUGUCCUGAACGUGACUGCGGACAAACUGGAAGAAAUAAUCAAGCCACUGAACGAAUGCGAGUACGACGAUGCGAGCAAGCAAAAGUACGCCGAAAUCGGCUCACCGGACUCCACGGAGGAAAUGAAGAACCUCGAGAGUCGGCAGGCGGCGGUGACACUACUUCAAAUAAAAAACUACGAUCCGACUAAGUACGCUGUGAAGGCGGAGGAAAGUCCUCACAUAAUGUUCAACAGCGUGCCGAGUUUACCGCCUUCGGACCGAGCGAGAGAGGUUAUGCAUUGCAAUGCCGUCAUCGACAUUAUAAGCAAGGCUGUCGCGGUCGCUCAGCGAGAAAACGAAGAAGCUCAGAAUUUCCCGCCUAGCUAUACAAUGGCGCCUGGCGCCAGCGAGGUCAUAACAUACACACAGGAGUACACCGAAGACCAGUACAACGCGUAUUCCGCACCGCAAGCCACCAGUCCCAGCAGCAACGAUGAUCAUGACAACAAAGAGAUGGACCUCUCCUUAUACGGCUGCAUAAAGAACGAGACGGCAGAGCAAAUCGAGCAAACAGACCGCGAUGCCGGCGCCUUCUUACACAGAACAUUAACAAGCAGUAAGUCUACGAGUUUCGCCGAGGAGUACAAGCAACACGUGUUCGGUCGUACCAGCAGUAAAUCGAAACAGACGAAAGAGAACGCGCCAUUAUAUGACGAUUGCAGUCAAAGCAGUAGCGGGUCAGACCCGGACAGGUUACAAAUGGAUAUUUCUGAAAUGUCGCAGGACGACCCUGAAGAGACCCAGUCAGUUCCAUCGGCACAGUCCUCGCCGAAGCCGCCACACGAUACCGAGAGCGAAAAGGAGUCGCUCUGGCAGGCGCUGCACAAACAAAACGGUCGGAGUGGGGGCGAAGCUACACAACUGCUGCGUAGGUUAAUCAACAGCAAACAUCUUGGCAUGACGGUGUCUCCCCUUAGAACAUCCACGUCUCCGUUACCCGCGUCUCACAUGCCGCCCAAUGGCGCCGUCUCACCGAACGGUGAGUGGUCGAACUCAGGGCGCGGCGCGGGUGCGGGUAAUGCGGGUACGGCGCGCAGAAAACAGAGUUGCCCUGCGCGCGCGCAACUUGUACACGAUUCGCCCAACGUGUGGCCUAUUGCGCACGACAAUCAAGAGGUGUCAGAUAGCGGCGCUGGUGUGGGCGGGGGGAGUGUUAACGCGUCGGGUACGGGACGAGGCGUUCAACGCGUGGAACUGUCGUGCAGCAAUUGCGGGACUUUCACCACCACAAUAUGGCGGCGGGACGCACGCGGCGAGAUGGUGUGCAACGCCUGCGGGCUCUACUACAAACUGCACGGUGUUCCACGCCCUACAGCGAUGCGACGGGACACCAUACAUACGAGACGUCGGCGACCAAGACACGAUGCGAAACACGCGCGCAACAAAUCCCGUCGUAGCGGCAGUGGAGGGAAUUCAGAAGGAGGCGGCGGGGUCGGCGGCGGUGGUGGUGGUGGUACCGUAGCGCCAGUUGUUGGGGAAGCGGAGUCAGGUGUCCGCGGGGUUCCAGCCGGCGGUGGCAGCGGGGGAGGGAGUGGGGAAAGAAGUGGGGAGGGAGCGGAGGAGGCAGUGCUGGCGGCCCUGCGGAGACAACUGCAACCGCAUUUACUAGCUGCGUUGCACGCGCACACACCGCGCCCGCACUCGCAUACGCAUCGCUCGCAGGUCGGUCGAAGCAUGCCAGAUUACGACGAGGCGCCGUUGAACCUCGUAGCGAGCCACGUAGCCGCAGAGGAGACGCACUGACUGCCCUGUGAUACCCCCCCACCCAGUCCCUCUAUGCAAGUAAAGUUAUCCAGUUAAUAUCCAAAACUAAUGUUACUACACCAUAGCUUCCAUACCGUGGUACAAUAACGGCCAGUUACAUAUACCAUAGACAACGUAUUGUUUAUAUAACGUUAACUUUUGUAAUGAUUAUAUUCUAAAGGCAAGUUUCACACCCCGGAGUCUAACCUGCGUCCUUAGUGGCGUUUAAGAUUGGGCGCAGCAAUCGACCAAUCAGGAAGCGCGCGUUCGAUGUAGGGUCUUGUGAUUGGUUACACGCAGGACGCAAAAUUGAACGCCGCUAGGAACUCGUGUAUUAUUGCCCGUUUUCACUAACGACGAACAAGGCAAUUAAGUAAGUAAC